GCUUCAUCCUACUUAAAGCUAUAUAUAUUUCGUGUGCUCUCUUCCUUUCUCACUAUAGCGCUGUUCCUGUCUCUGUUGCCGUAAUACAUUGGAAUUCUGGAAGGUCGUGGUACUAUCUCGGUCUCUCAUCAAACACUUUAGGCCAGAUCGAAAACGGUUCAAGGUUGAAACGAUGCUGGGAAUGACCAGCUUCGUCUUGACACUCUAAACCACUUGUAUCAACACGCAAUUGGGAUUGGGAUCUGGGAUCAGGCUCUUGCGUGCACCAGGUAUUCAUAGUCAGGCCUCGGAUAUGCAAGCAUGCAACUUCCUGCCAUAUUCAAGGUCUAAGCUUAUAUUGCUUUGCAUUUCUUUUAUUUGUCUUUAGUUUACUACCACGUCGAUUCUAUCACAAUGUUUACACCUCUUGGGCUAUUUAAGGACAUCCCCUGUCCUCACGGUCAGGAAUGCGGUCUUUUGACUUGCAUGUUCUCUCACGAAACCAUCAAACCGCCUUCAGAAGUCGACAAAAGUAUUAAGAGUGCGAGUUCACAGGAGGAAACUAUGCCUGCACAAGAAAUCCCACCCGUGAAGAAACCAAGGUUGCAGGCAACAGUCGAAGCUAGUAGGACCAACCUGGAAGAUCGGCCCUUGCCUUCGCGCCAGCACGAAACCGGUGGUGGUCAAAUAACCGCACCGACAAACAGGAUCGGAGACAAGACCCAAAUAGCAAGCCAAAGCCCUGCAAAACUUCAGUCGAUAUCUAGGGGCGUCUCUCCACCUCCUCCAAAAAUGGAGCCGCCGACAGCGAAACGCGAUGCAUCGGCAUCUUCAAAACAGGAGCAACGACCUACACUAAGAAAGGCUCCUCACGAGAGUCUGAAUCCUAGGAUGUUAAUGAAAGCACCCGCGUCUCAUGGUGUACGGCUGUCUAUUUUGACUAAGCUUCAUAAUGCUAUGUCCGCUCUAAAUGACAAGAUGGCCAAGGACAAAGAUAAUAAAGAUAAAAGCAUUAUUUUAACCCCCAAUGAGCUUAUCACAAUGGCUCUAGAUGAAGAGGAAAAGACGGCCAAGGGGAAUGCGAGUGUAUACGGCAACGUUAUCAAACUCCGUAUUGUGAAAUUCUCGAAGAUGAGCAAAGAAGAUUGGGUGAAGGAGGUCAAAGCCCAUCUAAAUGAGAGAUACUACAAGACGGCGCCUGAUCAAGGAGAGCAGAAACCGGCUGUCUUUUCAACCGGCCUGAGCGCCAAAGAGGAAAUCGCAAUUGCAACAAAAUUAAUCACGCCUCUUGAAGGACUAGAACAAUAUGGUUAUGUGACUAAAGCGCCCACAGAAGAGGAGAUUGAGGGUGCCAGGAAAGGGGUUACCGAGUCUAAAGGAUGGGAAAAGUGUGAUCGUUGUGGUGGACGAUUCCAGGUUUUUCCUGGUCGCCGUGAGGAUGGUUCGUUGACAACAGGAGGACAGUGCACAUAUCAUCCUGGCAAACCGUUUUACCCUCCAAAAAAACGUACAGACCAUAUUACCGGACAUAAGGAGGCUUAUUAUACUUGCUGCAAUGAGACCCUAGGGACGUCUGCUGGAUGCACCAAAGGCGAUACCCAUGUCUAUAAAGUGUCUGAGGCCAAACGGCUAGCAUCAAUCCUUCAGUUCGAAAAGACCCCGGCGCAGCCAGACAAAGGGCCCCUUCCGCCGGUAGGUUUCGACUGUGAGAUGGGAUAUACCACUCUGGGGCUGGAGCUGAUCCGGCUCACUGCCGUUAGCUGGCCUGAGGGCAAAGAACUCCUGGAUGUUAUUGUUAGGCCUAUGGGGGAAAUAUUGGACUUGAAUUCGCGGUUUUCUGGCGUUUUCCCAGAACAUUACAAGAACGCGGUCCCUCAUGACGACUCAGUCGCAGCAACUGCUUCGUCCGUCCUGGACGAUGGGGAGGUAGAGCCAAGGCCUUUGAAGGUGGUAGAAUCUCCUGCAAUAGCACGGGCCCUACUAUUCAAGCUACUGCAACCCGAGACACCUCUUAUCGGGCAUGCAAUUGACAAUGACCUCAAUGCUUGCCGCAUUAUUCAUCCUACCGUCAUUGACACAGUGAUCCUUUACCCAGUGGGAGCAGGUCUACCCAACCGCAUGGGCCUCAAAACCCUAUCUAGAAAGUAUCUUGAUCGGCACAUCCAGACUGGAGGAAACCUCGGCCAUGAUUCCAAGGAGGACGCGAUUGCCACUGGGGACUUAGUCCGGGUCAAGGUUGCAGAAACUUGGAAGUUAUUGAAGUCGAAAGGCUGGGUCAUCCAGAAUGACAGACUUGUGCCUCCACCAGGCGCAACAGAUGAUACUGGUCCGUUGUGGCGGCUGGGACCCGGUGCCGGACUGAAGAGGACCAGUUCAGCUCUAGGUUAACU